AGAGGACCAUGCAGGCUGCAGGGGGGCAGCCCUGCCCCUCACCUCCAGACCCUGUCGCCCGUCCCCUGCCAGGGGCUCCCUUCUCCGUCCUCUCGUCUGCCCAGCCCCAGGCCUUGACCUCCUCCCUGUGGAUUUGCAGGGGCGGGGAGGGACAGGGACACCCUGAUCUCAGGGCGGCUCUUGGGGAAGCAGUGCUGGGGAGGGGUAGGUGAGGCCGCCCCUCCCACGGGGCCCACAUCACUACCCUGGUCUGAGGCACCGCCUCCAGGAAGCCCUCUCUGAGCUCUGAGCGCCUGCGGUCUCCCGUGUGCUGCUCUCUGUGGGGUCCUGCAGACCCAGAGGGGCUCAGCUGCACUCAUCAGGCUGGGAGAGCUGGGUGUGGGGAACAUGGCUGGGCCCCCGAGGCUCCUGCUGCUGCCCCUCCUCCUGGCGCUGGCUCAUGGCCUGCCUGGGGCCCUGGCUGCCCAAGAGGUGCAGCAGUCUCCCCACUGCACGAUUGCCCCCGUGGGAGGCUCCGUCAACAUCACCUGCUCCACCAGCGGGGACCUGCAUGGGAUCUACCUGAGGCAGCUCGGGCCACAGCCCCAAAACAUCAUUUACUACGAGGACGGGGUGGUGCCCACUACGGACAAACGGUUCCAGGGCCGCAUUGACUUCUCGGGGUCCCAGGACAACCUGACUAUUACCAUGCACCACCUGCAGCCGUCGGACACUGGCACCUACACCUGCCAGGCCAUCACGGAGAUCAAUGUCUACGGCUCCGGUACCCUGGUCCUGGUGACAGAGGAACAGUCCCAAGGAUUGCACAGAUGCUCCGACGCCCCGCCGACAGGCUCUGCCCUCCCUGUCCCGCCGACAACCUCUGCCCUCCCUGCCCUGCCGACAGCCUCUGCCCUCCCUGCCCUGCCGACAGCCUCUGCCCUCCCUGUGGCCCUGGCAGUGGUCUCCUUCCUCCUCGGGCUGGGCCUGGGGGUGGCCUGUGUGCUGGCGAGGACGCAGGUCAGUGUGAGCCCCUGCUGCCACCUGCACCCCCACAGAUGCUUCCCUCUCCUGAGAGCCGUGUGGAGGGCGCCAAAGCCCCAGAGGAAAGCCCCAGUACGCGCUGCCUCCUUUGCAGGCCCUGGAGCUCUCAGGGUGGAAGUGGCCUUGGCAAGGAGGGAGGGAAACCAGCACCAAAGCGACCGGAGGGGGAGGGAGCGGCCCAGGUGCUGGUCCCGCGUGUGCACGUGUGCGCAUGUGCAGGUGUGAGUGUGGGGGGUCUCUGAGGACUGUGUGUGCAUGUUGGAGUGCGUGGGCGGAGGAGGGAGCGCCCAGGCUCUGGGCCCACGUGUGCACGUGUGCGCAUGUGCAGGUGUGAGUGUGGGGGGUCUCUGAGGACUGUGUGUGCAUGUUGGAGUGUGCGGGCGUGUGCUGUGUGGCUGUGGGAAGGGAAGGGAGCCUCAGACAGACACAGAGUCUAGGCCGUGGCCCCUGCCCUCGGUCCCUGCUGUUUGUCUGGGGCUGGAGUGGGGGCCCCGCUUGGCCUGGGCUGCGGGGGGCAGUCCAAGCCGCUUCCACUCUCCUUCUUCAGUGGCGCCCUGGGGUCCGACCCAGCCCUGUCCCGGGAAGGCUCUGCUGGGAAGCCCUGGGGCGCAGGAGACCUGGGGGCCGGCCCAGAGGAGUCCCGUGGGGGUCUCGUGUUAAAAUGAGAAAGCUGACCGGAGUGGGGUGGGGUCCAGGACACCACGCUGGCCCCUGGUUGGAAACAGCAGGUUCUGUCUUUCAGAUGAAGAAACUGUGCUCGUCGCAGGAUAAGAAUUCGGCGGCGUGUGUGGUGUACGAGGACAUGUCCCGCAGCCGCUGCAACACGCUGUCCUCCCCCAACCAGUACCAGUGACCCAGUGGGCCCGGCCACACCCCACCCGUGGUACCCCCAGCAUGCCCCCCACCCGGCCGCGCCCCCCACCCGGCCACACCCCCCACACGGCCGCGCCCCCUACCCCGCUGUCCUCCCACAGCUGCAGCAGAGUUUGAAGGGCCCAGCCCUGCCCAGCUCCGAGCAGACACACAGGCAGUGGCUAGGCCCCACGGUGCUUCUCAGUGGACAAUGACACCUCCUCCGGGAAGCCUUCCCUGCCCAGCCCCGCUGUCACGAGGAGGAAGCCUGACUGUCCUUUGGCUGCAUCUCCCAACCGUGGCCAAGGAGGGCUUCUCCGUGGGAUGGGCCUGGGCACGCAGCCCUCUCCUGUCAGUGCCGGCCCACCCACCAACAGGCCCCCAACCCCCGGCAGCCCGGCAGAGGACCGGAGACCAGUCUGCCACCCAGCCGUACCAGAAAUAAAGGUUUCUAUGCUUCCUUUUCUGA